AUGCUCAAUCGUGUUGCGAAAAAGGUCUUUUAUGCUCAAUCGUGUCGCAGCCAAUUUUGGGCUGUCGAAGAACCGGAUGCAGCACCGUCAUCGUUUACUGGCGAGGGUUGGUGCGAGACCCAAUUCCGCGCCGAGCAUCGUCGUUUGCCAUCCGGUCGCUUUCAAGUGCCGCUUCCGAUUCGUAAACCGGUUCCACAGUUAAACUUCCCGGGUUCGCGUUCCGUAGCACUUAAGCGUUUUGAAUCGCUCGAACGCAAAUUGAGCGCCAAUACCACACUGCGUGACGCGUACCGUGAGUUCAUGUCCGAAUAUUUGUCGCUCGGUCACAUGUCGGUGGCCGCCACCCCAGGGCGAUACAUUAUCCCACACCAUGCAGUAUGUCAACAGUCUAACGGUGAUUUAAAAAUCCKGGUCGUAUUUGACGCUUCGGCCACGGCUCACGACGGAACGUCGUUAAAUAGUUGUCUUCACCAGGGUCCUAAGCUUCAACUGGAUAUUGUGGACAUCUUGACCAGAUUCCGAAUACACAAACUGGCGUUCACCACUGACAUUUGUAAAAUGUAUCGGCAAGUCUUAGUGGCGCCCGAGUACCGUCCACUCCAACACGUGUUGUGGCGAGCGUAUCCGAAAGACCAACUUGUGGAAUUUGAGUUGAAUACGGUGACGUACGGCUUGAAUUGCUCACCGUUCCUAGCGCUCCGUGUGUUAACGGCCAUCGCUGAAAAAGACUGCGCGGGAUAUGAAUCUGUACGUCAGGCAAUAUUGCAACAAACAUAUGUCGAUGACAUAUGUGUGGGUACAGAUUCAAUCGACGAUAUUUUAUUGCUUCAACGUGACUUAAUCACCGUGCUCGGCAAAUCAGGUUUGGAGCUUAAGAAAUGGUCCAGCAACUGUCCCUCAGUUCUCGACGCCGUACCUUCUUCCGCGAAUGCUACGGGCCCGUUACCUUUAAACGCUGUGGAUGAGGGUGGCGUUAAGGUUCUCGGUCUGCAAUGGCAGCCAAACGAAGAUGUUUUCGGGUGUGCACUCCGGUGUGAGUCAUCACAUGUCUACACUAAACGCGGCGUAUUAUCGACGAUCACCCGUAUUUUAAAUCCGUUGGGUCUAUUUUCGCCAGCCACAUUUUAUGCGAAGCAUAUUAUGCAACGAACAUGGCUAGAGAAACUUGGCUGGGACGAACCGCUUCCUCGUGAUAUUCAACUAGAUUGGACUGCCUUCGUUGAAUCAUUACCGUCUUUACGUCCGAUAAAAAUUCCUUGUUUUUUUAACACGCGGUCCGCCGCUUCCUGUUUGUCGUUGGGCUUUUAUGAUGCGUCACAAUACGGAUACGCUGCUGUCAUAUACCUUCGCGUGCUGGACGACCGGGGUGACGCUCAGAUUUCAUUGGUCGGAUCAAAAACAAAGCUGGCAUCAAUAAAACCCUUAACUAUCCCAAGGUUAGAGUUAAACGCCGCCGAGUUGCUGGCGCGUUGGCUGUACCGCGUAAAAUGCACUCUCGAUCAACAACUUCACGUCAUCGGUGUCUAUGCAUGCACGGAUUCGACGAUCGAACUAUCAUGGCUGGUCAACCGCCAUGAAACGUUUAAGGUAUAUGUAUCCAACCGAGUGUACAAAAUAAACUCUCUCCUUCCGGGUUGUAUUUGGUCACAUGUUUCGUCGGCGGAAACCCCGCCGACUGUGCUUCCCGGGGUGUGUUACCAUCUGAGCUUGCGUCGUUAA